UAGCUGGAAAAUAGCUGGCAAUUUGCACAAAAGAAAAGAAAAAAAGAAGCAUAAAUCCCCCCCCACCAAAAAGUUGGGUCUCGAAGUCUUUCUCUCUCUCUAGUGAACCGAGUUUGGAGGAUCUGUGAAGAAAAGCAAGAAAUGGCUUCGAAGCGGAUCUUGAAAGAGCUCAAGGAUCUCCACAAGGAUCCUCCUUCCUCCUGCAGUGCUGGCCCAGUUGCGGAAGACAUGUUUCAUUGGCAAGCUACAAUAAUGGGUCCAUCCGAUAGUCCUUAUUCAGGCGGAGUCUUUCUCGUAACCAUUCACUUCCCUCCCGAUUAUCCUUUCAAACCACCAAAGGUUGCAUUUAGGACAAAGGUGUUUCACCCUAAUGUCAACAGCAACGGAAGCAUUUGCCUCGACAUUUUGAAAGAACAAUGGAGUCCUGCACUCACCAUAUCCAAGGUUCUGCUUUCGAUAUGUUCAUUGUUAACGGAUCCAAACCCAGAUGAUCCUUUGGUUCCAGAGAUUGCUCACAUGUAUAAAACCGACAGAGCCAAGUAUGAGUCUACUGCUAGGAGCUGGACUCAGAAAUAUGCUAUGGGGUAAAGUUUGUGCUUUUGAUCCAUCAAGAAUCGGUUUUAAGGGAGGGAGGGAGAGAGAGAGAGGACUUUACAAAGGAUCUUCCAUAAAAUUAAGUUUGAUUCCUGUGUUAUUGUUUGAUCUCUUUGUUUCAAAGCUCUUUGAUAUCACUUGUUAAACCAGAAAAAAAAACAUUUACUUCUCCUA